AUUCAAUAUUUAUUAGGUGAAUAUAAAGGAUUGUAUAGCAAAGUAUUUUGUUCCUUUUUAGAAGUAGAUUGUUAUGAAACUAUAAAAACUUGUAAAAGAAUAAAAGUCUGUGAAAUUGCUAAUAUGAAUAUAGCAAAAACUCUAUAUUAUAAUGUUAAUCCUGAUACUGAUUUAAUUCUUCAUAAUAAUAAUAAUUUGAAUGAAGAAAAUCAAAUUACAACCAAUAUAAUUGGAGAUGAAAAUGAAAAUACUUCUAAUGGUGAAUAUAAUAUUCGAAAAACUUCUUCAAGAGGAGAAAUGGAAAUUAUAAAACCUUUUAUUGGUUGUGAUAAUUGGCAUCCUGGUGAAAAAAAUCAUAGAGUACAGAAAAUUAGAUCAGGUUGUAAUAUUGAAUUAUUAAAAGAUUUGUUUAAAAAUAAUGGAGAUAAUUUAAUAUGCAAAACUAUUUUUUCUUCUUCUUCAACUAAAAAUCAAUAUC